UGGUCUCAUUUGAAGGAGCAUUUUGUUCAGGACAAUGGUGCUCUAUUACACACUCUCAUGCAGCAGACACAUGUUAUUGAGCAAAAUGAUAUGAGUAUUGAUGAGUACUACUCAGUCUUUGAUCGCCUGAUGAGUGCUUUGACAUCAAUGGUGCCUGCUUGUACCGCUGAUCUGUGUCCGGCUCAUAAGUUUAUUGAGAAGUUCUUCACUUACAGAUUUGUUAUGGGCGUUCAGGCCGAGUUUGAUUCUCUUCGUGCUCGUUUACUUCAGGGUUCUGACACUCUCACAAUGGCUAAGGCGUUGUCUGCUUUACUUGCUGAAGAGACUCGUCUUAAUUCUUUGUCCUCUACUGGUGGUAAUCCUCACAGUGUGUUGGCUGCUGCCCAGAAACCUAAGAAUAUCUUCAAGCCUUGUGAUCAUUGUGGCAAGACCAAUCAUCGAUCUGAGCUUUGCUUUGUCAAGUUCCCUGAUAAAUUGACUGAUUUCCGUGCACGACGUGCUGCUCGUGGUCGUGGUCUAGGACCAUCUAAUAGAGGCUCAGUUGCUGUUGCUGCCACUUCGUCCGCUUGUACUUCAGAGUCGGCCUGGGUACUUGAUUCAGGAGCUUCCUUUCAUGUCACAUCUGAUCAGUCAAAGUUGGCUUCUACUACACCUGUCACAGAUGGUGCUUCAGUGCAGACAGCUGAUGGACCUUCGCACAGGGGAAGUGAUUGGGACUGGCCGUCGCCGUAGAGCUGCUCCUCGCCUCUACAUCUUAGACUCUUUGCGGCUUCCUUCCUUGGCUACAUCUCCAGCGCAUGUGCUUUCAGCUACCCUUGCUUCUGUUGCGUCUUUUGCCCAGUGGCAUCAUCAUCUAGGUCAUUUGUGUGGAUCUAGAUUGUCUACACUAAUAAAGUCAGGUUGCUUAGGUCAUACUUCGGUUGAGUCUGAUUUUCAUUGUAAGGGUUGUCAUCUUGGAAAACAAAUACAACUUCCAUAUUUUACUAGUCAUUCUCAUUCUGUUCAACCCUUUGAUUUGGUUCACUCUGAUAUUUGGGGUCCUGCACCUUUUGUGUCAAAAGGUGGAUAUAAAUACUAUGUUAUUUUUAUUGAUGAUCA